AUGACAGGUCAUGUUAUUGGCCUUAAUCUCAAUAGCAGUUAUCUCUAUGGCUCUUUCAACUCCAAUAGUAGCCUGUUCAGCCUGGUGCAUCUUCAAAGUCUACAAAACUUAGAAGUUCUUAAUGUGAGAUACAACCAAGAUCUCACUGGAUAUUUGCCCGAAUUUAAUCGAAGUAGUCCUCUCAUCUCACUGAAAGUUGAGUUUACUAGUUUUUUCGGAACCAUACCUCCUUCGAUUGAAAAGAUUAAUUCAUUGCAAAAGUUGGAUGUUGCUCAAUGCAAUUUUUCAAACUCGUUGGUUCCAUCUGCAUUUGGCAAUCUUAGACAGCUCACUUACCUAGACAUUUCAGCAAGCCGAUUUGGAGGUCCAAUUCCUGAUUCUUUGGCAAACCUUACCCAAUUGACUGUGUUUAGAGUUAGUACAAGUUCUUUAACUGGUCCAAUUCCAUCUUGGCUAGCCUCAUUUUCCAAUCUCAUCAAUCUCAAGAUCCUUUGUCUACAGUCAAAUAACCUGAGCGGUGUAGUGGAGUUUCAAAUGUUUCAGAAGCAACAAAAUCUCUACCAACUCCAAUUGAGUUCGAACAACUUUGAAUUUGUUACUGGAUCCAAUAUUAUGAAUGCAGCUCUUCAACAGUUCACCAUUUUGUCUUUGAGUUCAUGCAAUUUAAAAGAGUUCCCAUAUUUCCUACAAAAUCAGACAAAUUUGGAGCGGUUGGAUCUGGCAGGCAACAAAAUCGGUGGCGAAGUACCAAACUGGAUGUGGAAUUUAAGCAAGGAAACUCUGGUACUCCUGGACAUUUCUGGAAACUUAUUUUCAGGAGAACUUCCAGCUGUCAUAGCCUGGGUUACCCUACUCUCUUUGAGGCUUUCAAACAACAUUUUUCAUGGACGAUUACCGAUCCCUCCACCAUCCUUGCUAGAAUAUGGAGCCAAUAACAACAAAUUUACUGGAGAAAUUCCACCAUUGCUUUGCAAUAUGAAUUCUCUUCUGUACCUUGACUUGUCGACAAAUAACUUGUGGGGCACGCUUCCUCAGUGUCUCGGAAACUUUAGUGAGG